UGUCAAUCAAACCGGAAGCUCUUGUAAACACGUGGUCAGAGCCAGACCAUACAAGAAACAAAACGUUUGAGUUAGCUAACUAAUUUCUCGGGAGUUUUGUGGAAUGGGCACAGCUGGUGCUAUCGAUUGAGUGUAAGACAGUCAUCUUGACCCAAAUAUAAAGUAACCAAGGACAUUAAAAUGUUUGGAUGUUUGGUUGCUGGUAGAUUGGUAAGUAUGUAACUUGCUAACGGCAGCAAGCUAACUUGGGACUGAAAUGACAGCUAGCUACACAUUUGAUAUGAAGGGACAAUGUGUAAUUGUAUUCCUGCUGUUCAAGGUCAUUUAUACUCGUGGCUACAUAUACCCAUUGAUUGUUGAACACUAUAGCUAGUUAUAAAUGCUUUAUGAUAUGUGUUUAGCAGAGCCAAACAGAUGUUUUGUGUACAUCAUGGCUCUGCAGUUUAGCUUGUAUAACUUUUCUUACCCUAACUAGCUAGUAUCAUAACCCAAAUUGUACUCCAAAGUUUUUUUUUUGUGUCAUUAUAAACAGGAAAUGUAUAGCUUUUAAGUAUAUUUCCUACUAACAUGACAGGUCCAUGGACAUGCAAGCAUGCAUGCAUGGCUGUCUAUGAAUUUAAGAGUCCCUAUAGAGAUACAUCAUGAUGUCCCUACCAGAGGAGGCCGGUGGGAGGAGCUAUAAGGACAGGCUCAUUGUGGUCCUCUGUAGCUCAGCUGGUAGAGCACGGCGCUUGUAACGCCAGGGUAGUGGGUUCGAUCCCCGGAACCACCCAUACACACACAAAAAAAAAUUAUGCACGCAUGACUAAGUCGCUUUGGAUAAAAGCGUCUGCUAAAUGGCAUAUUAUUAUUGUAAUGCCUGGAAUGGAAUAAAUGGAACGGUAUCAUACACAUCAAAGAUAUGUAAACCACGUUUGACUCCUUUCCAGUUAUUAUGAGCCUGUCCUCCUGUAACUCAGCUGGUAGAGCACGGCGCUUGUAACGCUAAGGUAGUGGGUUCGAUCCCCGGGACCACCCAUACACAAAAAAAAAAAAAUGUAUGCACGCAUGACUGUAAGUCGCUUUGGAUAAAAGCGUCUGCUAAAUGGCAUAUUAUUAUUAUUAUUAUUAUUAUUAACUCCUCCCACCACCCUCCACUGGCCUCUACCUACCCCCCAAUUCCUCAGUUUACAAAAAAAAAGUGGCAGGGUCUAACUGCUGAAAUACAGAAACAGAUUGUGCCUCAUGUAGGAGUCAAAAUUGUAUUUUAGGUCCAGACCGACGCCCAGCAGGUUGCUGGUGACAAGUUCGUCUUCAACCUACCAGACUAUGAGAAUGUGAACCAUGUAGUGGUGUUCAUGCUGGGCACAGUGCCUUUCCCUGCAGGGAUGGGUGGCGCCGUCUACUUCUCCUUCCCGGACCCCGUCAGUGGGCAGGUCUGGCAGCUCCUGGGUUUCAUCACCAACGAAAAACCAAGUGCCAUCUUUAAAAUAUCUAAAUUAAAACCAGGUGAGUAUCAACCAAUCAAAUGUAGCUAAUAAAGUUCUUAUUACAUUAGCAGUUGUCACAAGGUGUUUUUUCAGUAUGUGUGUGUUACACAGUGAUGUAGUGGUAAAAAACUAGGUGGGUAAACUGAUUGCCAGUUGUGGUGAAAAUGAAAUAGUGUUGUUUCUGCUGUCUUCCUAUAGGUGAGGGUGGAGCGCAUCCAUUUGGAAUGAUGGCAGUACCUCAGCUUGCCUCCAUGGCCCAAGUCGGUGUAUCUAUUGAGCCUUUGGAGCAGCUGGUCCAACAGACGCCUGUAUCAGGUGCCAUUGUGUCCGCUGUUGACUCUUUCAUGCAGGUUAGUUAGAAGAAUAUUAUGGGUGGUUUGCAGUGUACAUAAUCAGUGAAAGUAAUCUUCCUUUGAUAAUAUGUAUGAGUCAAUACUCAAGCUGCUUGCUUUGAUUGCUGUGUCCUAGCAACACGGGUGUAUUUACAGUGCCUAUAGAAAGUCUACACCCCCUUCAACUGUUUUCACAUUGCUGUUACAAAGUGGGAUUGAAAUAGAUUUCAAUAUUUUUUUUGGUCAUUGAUCUACAGAAAAUACUAUGUCAAAGUGAAAAUAAAAUACUACACAUAAAAAAUUAAAUAAGUAGUUACAUAAGUAUUCACCCCUUUGUUUAGGCAAGCCUAAAUUAGUCCAGAAGUAAAAUUUGGCUUAACAAAUCACAAGUUAUAUAGACUCACUCGGUUUACAUUUUUUUAAUGACUACCCUUUCCUCUGUCCCCCAUACAUACAUACAGUGGGGAGAACAAGUAUUUGAUACACUGCCGAUUUUGCAGGUUUUCCUACUUACAAAGCAUGUAGUGGUCUGUAAUUUUUAUCAUAGGUACACUUCAACUGUGAGAGACGGAAUCUAAAAUAAAAAUCCAGAAAAUCACAUUGUAUGAUUUAAGUAAUUAAUUUGCAUUUUAUUGCAUGACAUAAGUAUUUGAUACAUCAGAAAAGCAGAACUUAUAUUUGGUACAGAAACCUUUGUUUGCAAUUACAGAGAUCAUACGUUUCCUGUAGGUCUUGACCAGGUUUGCACACACUGCAGCAGGGAUUUUGGCCCACUCCUCCAUACAGACCUUCUCCAGAUCCUUCAGGUUUCGGGGCUGUCGCUGGGCAAUACGGACUUUCAGCUCCCUCCAAAGAUUUUCUAUUGGGUUCAGGUCUGGAGACUGGCUAGGCCACUCCAGGACCUUGAGAUGCUUCUUACGGAGCCACUCCUUAGUUGCCCUGGCUUUGUGUUUCGGGUCGUUGUCAUGCUGGAAGACCCAGCCACGACCCAUCUUCAAUGCUCUUACUGAGGGAAGGUUGUUGGACUUUCUAAAGCGUUGUGUUCAAUCGUAUUAGGUUUCACAAAAACAGUCCAUGGGCAGCCAGGAGUUAAAUACAAUUCCAUUUCAACUUACUGUGCCGGUGGGCAGAACAGUUGGCCAGUAUGACUGGGGGAAGUUGAGAUAAUAUCUAAAGGAUCGUAUUAAGAGACUUUUCAAACGUGGGUCUGUUGUAGAGCCACUUCCUCUCUGCUUACCGCGUGUCAAUAAAAGUCCCCCACAAGUUAUUCCUUUUUUGUCCACUUAUGGCGAACGUGCAGGACUUUUAUUUUGACAUUGCUAAGAGCACCUACACGCUCAGCUGACACAAACUCAACUCUCUCUCCUCAGUUCACUCAGAAGAUGCUGGACAGUUUGUAUAAUUUCUCCUCGUCAUUUGCUGUUUCCCAGUCGCAGAUGACUCCAAACCCCUCAGAAAUGUUCAUCCCUGCCAGUUCCAUCCUCAAAUGGUAAAAUGAUUCCCUGUUGGUCCUAUUCAAAGUCAGACCAUUUAAACACCUGCUUGAAUUAACCCAAUUAAUUAUUUUAAAAUUUGCCUGACCCACGUUUGUGGAACCUGUGGUUAUUGGGCUGGCUACAAGAAGGAAACUAACAUUUUGCAGAGGAACUGCUCAAAUCACUCAGUUAAGCAUGGACACUGCAAAAGAUCUGAACAUGCUUCCUAUAUCAAAAGCAUAAAGUCAUGUGCUCCUUUGGUCUCUUUCUCCCCAGGUAUGAGAACUUCCAGAGGCGCAUGGCUCAAAACCCUAAUUUCUGGAAGACAUGAGUUGUCUCGAUGAUACCACAGUAUUAAAAACAAUGAUAAAUGGGCAUGGACAGAGAACCAAAGACUUCAUUUUCUGCUCCAUAAUGUCCAGGAAUGGUCCUCCACAGAAGAUGAAGAGGUCUUGUUUUAUAGCUACAAUUACUUGUAGGUCUUUUGUCAAAUAAAUAAUAUUAAUUAAAACAUUUCCUAAAAUGUUCUUUGCGCCACUAGUUUAUUCUAUACAUAUUUAGCAUGUCUACACAAGCGGAUCCUAGUUGCUUCAUUUAUUUUCUAGUGGAUGAGAUGCAUUGUUGGGGCAGCCUAACUGUCUCUACUCCUGUUCUCCGCAUUCAGGUGGUCUGGGCUUGUAUUUAUUUAGUUAGCAGGCUUUCCCAGCUUCUUUUCAAGCUUCAGUACCUCACAAUGAGACCAGAAACAUUUAGAAAAAUAGCUUUUAUU